UACAAUAGAAUAAAAAUAAAACAGUAUAGUAAAUAUACCUUGCAAUUGUAUGCAGAUUUGAUAUUUUGAUAUAUUAUAUAGUGACAUAUCAGUUGGUCAUUUCAUUCUAUCUAUUCAUUCAACAGGUUCUUUAAUGAGCAUUUUUUUGUGAAAACAACACUUUGAGGUCACAGGAAGUGAUUAACCUACAGUGACAUAGCAAAUAAAUCUGCAACUAGCCUGAGCAGAGAUUCAGCUUAUUGUUUUAUAGCUUUCCGCUGCACAGAGUUGCUGUUUCAUUUCGCUCUGUGAUGAAAAUGGUUGCAACAAUCAGCUGUUUUGUUCACACUCGAUGCAUCUGGUUUAGCAUUUCGCAGCAUUUUCCUCAGGGGUAAAAUAGGCCAAAAAACAACUUGUUUUCAUUGAGAACAAAUGACCAAAAAAAAAAAACAUUCUUGCAGCUUUAAUUAAAGUGAAAGGCGACAAACACUCUCAGCAAUUUAUUAUUUUGACACACAACACCACACAACUCCCAAUGUAGCACUGAGUUUGGUACCACUAGAGAGACAGUGUGCUGGAACAUUAAAUACCACUGUCAAAAUAAAGGCCUCUGUCUACACUUAGUAUGCUGAUAAGAACAUAAUAUAUAUUUUUUGCAAAUAAAUGCACACCCUGAACGGAGCCAUUGUUGUAUAUUAGACUGUUUUAAAUUUCUCAGAUUGUAAAGGGUCACAUAAGGUCAAUGGUCGUGACCUUCCCAUGUCAACACGUUUUGUUGGAUGUACAUCCCCCUUUAUCAUCAUAACUGAGAGCAGUCAGAACCCCCACUGGCUCUUUCCCUGUGCAAUCUCUACUUUCCACAGCCGUCCUUUUCUUCCCAGCGACCUCACAGUGUGGAACGAUGCUCUCUGGCUGUGCUCAUGUCAUAUCUGUUACCCAUCUGAUGGUAGAAAGCAGAGCUCGGUAAAACUGUGCGCUGUAGAUAAACUGAUCCUCGAUCUGUGUCACCCAGCAUCUCUCACCCUCACUUUGCUGUGACCUUGCAGCCCAUCCCUCUCGUGGUAUUGCCUUACAGUGGAUCAGCAACACACUAUCCCAGAGACAAACACAAAAGACACAAACAUUGUCUUUGUGACACACAUUCUGUGCAUAUUUUCACUGACCCGGACACACACACAACACAUAGGGAAACUCUCAUCGAGGUCUGCCCCCCCACACACAUACUCAUACCAAUCACAGAGUGCUUUGUGCAUUCAGUGACUGGCUGGGCAGCUACUGGAGAGAGAGAGGGAGAGAGAGAGAGACUGGUGGGAGGGGGAAGAUGGAGACAGCAGCAAGAGACAGAAAUAUUACAAAGAGAAGUGGACAGACAGAGAUGAGAUAAGGCUUGCAGAGGGGACAGUAGAGACACAUCCAGUCAACGUUAACUGGUGGAAAGACAGGGUGACAGGGGCAGGAAAGGGAAUACAGAAAUAGGAAGGGAACCGGGGCUUGUCCAGCAGAGAGGAAGAGAGUGAGCUGUUGUUAAAGAGGCUGAGGGGAACUGAUGGGAUGGCAUUGAUCUCUGGGAGCUGCCGGCUCCUGGGCCAGAUGGCGUCUUGUUGCUGCAGACCGCUCCUCAACUCCUCCUGUUGUGGACCGCUCAUCAAAGUCUGCCUCUCCUCCUUCACAGGUCGGUCCCAUCUCGCUCUCUGUUAUCUGCUGUCAUGAGGCGGGCUACGUUCACUUAGGCAGGAGUUUAGGUCUAUAUGCGACAUGGGUAACACACUUAGCCAAGAAGAUAUCUCUCCUGCAGAGCUGGAUGCUCUUUGGAGGGAGCCGCCAUAUACUCUAAAUGAACACUUCUCAGGAAAUGACAACAUGACUCAAGGAGCUUGUGAAGAGGAGGACGGUCCUCUAGUGGAGUCAGGUGAAGGUGGAGUGGAGUCUGAUAGCUACUGGAAGAAGAAAGAGGCUUUUCUUAGAGGAAGCAACGUGUCAUUGGGAGAGAAAUUCUCUUCAGAAAUUGUGCUGUUGUUCACGGGGCGGAGGCGCGCCAGUGUGGAUCCUGACCGGGCCCUACAGGAGGCGCUGCGCACCCGACUCCGAGUGGUGGAGAGCAACAGCCAGGACGUCAUACAGCUCUUUAAAGACUUGUCUGCACGUCUGGUCUCUGUCCAUGCUGAGAAGGAUAGCUUUGUUCUCACAUUCAAAACGGUGGAGGAAAUCUGGAAGUUUUCAACGUACUUAUCAUUAGGUUAUGUGGCUCGUUGCUUGGAGAACUUCCUGUGUGAUCAAUCAGUCUGGCUGGACCCAGAGCUGCUUAGUGACUUGGAGAUCAAUGUAACAGUGGAUGAGGAACAUCUGGCCACCCUCUACCUGGGACUUUUACUCCAGGAAGGUUCUUUCUUUGCCAAGGCGCUGUUUACAAGAAGCGAGCAGGAUGAGGACGACGAAGAACAGCUGUCAUUCAAAAAGAACGACCUGCUGAUGGUGAAGGACACCGGGCAGGACAACAUGUGGGAGGGCACCAUGCUCUCCACGGGAAAUCACGGUCUGGUGCCAGUAAACGCCAUGCAGCCGCUGCCCUACCCCUUCUACCAGUGGUUCCUGAGGAAGUACCCAAGCCAUGCUGGAUGCUCAUUGACAGACAAGGAACCAUUUGAACAUUCUAUUGUGACAGGUUCAUGUGUAGUCACAGUCGACUACAGUCCAGGUGGCCCAGAUGAGCUCCAGUUGAGUCAAGGUGAUACUGUAGAGAUCCAGGGUCUGCUGCUCCGAGGCCUGGACAUUUUUAUAGGCAGACACGCUUCCACAGGACACACUGGCUUUGUACACAAGGCGCACGUCAAGCCUCUGAACACCUUACCACUAGAUGAACAACUGGUCUUUCUGACAGAGGAGGAGAAGGCCAGCCUGGGUCAGGUUAACCCAUGUGGCUCUGAGCCGAUUGACAACAGCCUGCUGGAAAGACUCUUCUCGUCUGAAAUCAGCUCUGUGUACAGGCUAGAUAGACUGGAUGACAGUGAUUUCAUGUACAUCAGGAGUCGGCCUAAACAUGAUCAUAAGAUUCUUACAAGCACCCGUCAGAGUGUCAUGUCAGAGAGAAGUGGAGGAACACCCCCAUACCAGUCGUCCCCUCGGCCGUCUUUCUCUCAGUCCUCCCCUCGUGUGUCUGUCUAUCACUCUCACAAUCCUCUUCCGAGAGAGGGAGAGCGACUGUCCUUCACUCUGGACGACACAUUCAGAGAACUGGAUGAAUUCCAGGAAGAUCCUCCUCUUUUCUUGGAAGAGAACAGCUGGGAUGGGGAGGAGUCCGAGCUCAGUGACCCAACGCUGACCCUGCUCAAUCAAGAACACUUCCAGGAGGAAUUUCUGCCUCUGUACGACCUACAGUAUUCCUUCCUGUGGGUGACCUUUAGCGGUAAGACAGAGGACGAGCUGUCAGGACACCUUGAGAGUGUCAGGGAGUGUGCCAAGAGACUGGGCAUGCAUUGGGCGCAUCGACGGGCAUGCUUUCUCCUGGGAAGACUGUGUGCCAGGAAGGUCAAGUUCUCCCAGGCACGUGUUUACUACGAGGAAGCUCUGAGUGUUUGUGUCGACAGUUUCUCUGACACGCCACUCCUCAUCGCUCUCGUCACAAACCUCACUGCCGUCUACCUGAAGCAACGCAUGACUGACAAACUGCCCCAGACUCUGGAGAAGGCCAGCGCCCUGCUCCUCUGUCUUCCCUGCCACUCCUUCACGUCCACAGACGAAGUUGAACUCCUGAAGCUCCUCAUGAGGAGAUCAGUGGUGAUGGUGGACAAACACCUGGAGGCUCGCGUCUGCUACCUCAUCUCCAGCCUCUUCCUGCUUCUCAGGAAGACUGAUGAUGCUCUUCCCUUUGUCGAGCGACUCCAGUUUCUCUCAGUGACUCUCUCUGUCACCGAGGGUCGACCUAUAGCUCCCCUGGACCUCAACUGGCUCUUGAGUUGGCUCUACCAUCGUAAAUACAUGCCUUACUUAGUGCUGGCCUCUCUGAGCCUGGAUUCAAGACAAGACCACUCCCUCCACAAUACCUUCCAGAGGAUUGAGUUGUUUAUCAGGAACUCUGUUCGUCUGAACCCGUGCUGGAAGGAAGGGACCUCCCUGCUUCCAGCUCAGAUUGUUGUUUACCUGCAGCAGGCCCUGGCUGUAGCUGAGCAGGUGGACGACAAAAAGACCCAGAGGGAUCUGUGCUUGGGCUUGGCCUCAAUUUACCAGCAGUAUGGUGCUCUGGAUAAAGCAGUGUGCUGUGCUCAACAAGCUGUGGAGACGGGAGGCCACAUCAAUGAGGAGGAGGGCUUUGAGGCGUCUGUGCUGCUCGGUUGGCUGCUGGUGUUAACAGGUCAGGCUGAGAAGGCCCAGAGUGUCCUAGAACCACUGCUCACAUCACUACAGGGCACUGACUGUCCUACUCAGCGAGGUGUGAUCCAUAACCUCUUGGCUUUGUGUCUGAGGCAUCAAAGUCGCAUCCCAGAAGCAGGCUGGCAUUUCCACUCUGCUCUGGUAAUCUCCAGAGAAAGUGGAAACCAGAGGAAUCAGGCCCUGGCACUGGCCAACAUGGGCUGUCUGGCGCUGGUUGUGGGAGCAUCUUGGGUUGCAGAACGCUUCCUUGUCAGAUCCCUGUGCCUUUUUCUGGAGCUGUGGGAAAGCCCGACAGACGAGGAGCAUGUCCAGACCUACCUUUGGCUCGGGCGGAGCUACAAGGACAGGGGGAGAAGUCAGGACAUCAGGGCUUGUUAUGAAAUGGGAUUUCUGAUUGCACUACACGCCAGAAACUUGCACAGUCAGAUGGUGGUAGCCAAGGUGCUAAGCCGGCUAUACGCCGACAUGCUGCUCUAUGGUCAGAGUAUCGUCUACUACGAGCACUGUGUGUUGGUAUCCAGAGAGCUGAAGGACAAGAGACUAGAGGGAGAGUAUCUGGAAAUCCUCAGCAGCCUCUACCUCUCGCUCAACACCGAGAAAUCGUCUCGCAAGUCUCUUGACUACACCAAGCAGAGCCUGAGGAUUUCUAUUGAUUUGGGCAAGAGAGAGGAAGAGUCAGAGACCUGGCUACAGGUGGGACGCAUCUAUUACCUCAUCCAGGAGGACGAGCUGGCUGACAUGUACCUGCAGGCAGCAGUGAAGACAGCCCUGAGGAUGAAUGAUCCUUACUUUGCUAUGAGCAUCUAUGAGGAGGCAGGAGAUGUCUACUUUAAAGGCCACAGGAACCGCAUGGCCUCACUGCCUUUCUACAGGGAUGGCAGUUUGCCAUUUGCACGGAGCAUCAAAGACGUCCACUCAGAGUUCCGUUUGUUAAGUAAACUGACGGAGCUGUUGAUGAAUCAAGGAGAGCAGGAGGAGGCUCUGCAGUACGCAACGCUGGCUGUUCAAAUCGCCAGCAAAACAGGAGUGCGUGAGAAUGAGCGGACAGCUUACCAUCGUCUGGCUACAAUUUACUACAGCCUGCAGCAGUAUGAGAUGGCAGAAAACUACUACCUGAAGUGUCUGUCUCUGUGUCCACCUGUCUUGCAGCACCCCACCGAGGCUCGCUACUACACUAAGGUCUACAGCAGACUGGGAAACCUCACGCUACACAAACUCAAGGAUGCUUUUGAUGCAGUAGGCUACUUCCAGCUGGCUCUGGCAGCAGCACUUGAGGACCAAGCUAACCCCGAGGCUCUGUAUGUGGUGUACAUGAAGUUGGCCGAGAUCCAUGGCAACCACAUGCCCGACGCUCAGCUGUGCCAAGUUUACAGAGACAGAGCCCAGAGUCUGAAGAGAGUUUUGGCUGGAGUGGAAAGCGCUGCUGUUGGAGAGGAAAACGUGGAUUAUGCAGACACAGAGUCUGGCCAAAAGAAGGAAAAGAACUUGGAUGCUGAUAUGGGACAUACAGAAAUUCUAGUUAAGAGAAAUGGCAUUUUUGAUUCCAUACCUGAAGAUGCAAAGUGUGAAGAUGACCCACCUUUAAGAACUUCUAUAACCCAUGUUAACUCAAAGCACAGAUCUGACACUAAUCUCAGAGAUGCUAAUGGGAAAGAAGAUCACAAUCACUAUCUCCCCGACACAGACAGUCCUUACCCGGAUGUGUUUGCCUCUGAGACAGAAACCAUUGCCAGUCAGUCAUACAGUGACAGUAUUUUGACUGAGUCUUUUGAUACAGCUAAGGAGCAGAUCUCAGACUCCAGCAGCUCCACUGAGACUUUACAAACUCACCAGAAUCCAACAGAUGGGAAAGACUUUGACACUGACCACAGCAUGAACAGCCAAAUACCUGUUAAUCACACUAGUGACAUGACAGGACACGCAGAUGCCAGAGACACUGAUUCUGAUAUUCAGGACAAACAAAACACUCCGACGACAGAGACAGAUCCUUAUGCAGAUCAAAUUCAAACAGAGCCCGAUAUUGCCUAAACUAAACGGAUGGAGCUAAACGAGGACAGCAUUCUCAGCUACAAUAAGAAGAUGUUUCUGAGACACACAGUAAACACACAGAUGUCUUCCAGUGGCACUUUAUAUAUGUUUUUCACUGACAUUUCCUUCAUCUGGCCACAUCUCUGUUGGCCAGCAAACUGGUUGCAACGUUCCAGCCUCUCAUUAAGGCACUAAUUGUAAGAAAGAUGAUGUCAGUACUGUAAAGCUAUCAAAGAUUUAGUUGAUUCAAAGCAUGUGCCUUUUCUGUAAUAUACACUGUGUUAAUUAUAGUGCACUGUGCUUGUAAUAUAUGUUUUUUACAUUUUGUAUCUCUGGUAGAUAUGACAGAAAUAUAAAAACAAAAUUAUUUUUA